AUGGCUACAUAUGCGUAUAAAGCCAACCCAAAUGGGCACUGCCGUCUGUGUACGGAUAAAAAUACCAAAGAGGACAUGGUCGCAUGCGAUGAAUGCGAUCGGUGGUUCCACAUAUCAUGUGUGGGACUCACAUAUCUACCUAAAAAGGAGGAAAGGUGGAUAUGCCCUAAGUGCAUGAGCACGGAAAAGGAAUUAAUGGAACUGAAGGUCAAAGUAAGACAAUCAGUUUCCGGAAAUAGCUUGCAGGAAAUCCUGCAAGAGAACAGAGCGGCAAUGGAAGCUCUGGUGAAGUCCAUGAGGACAGUAAAUUUAGAAUCAAAACCAAGCACUUCAAAUCAAAUUGAAAAUAGCGAUGGUCAAGAACAGGAGGCAGAACCAGAAUGGACUGUCUACCUGAAACGGCAGGCAUUGAUGAGCUUGCCAAGGUUUGGAGGCGCGGCACGAGAAUGGCCAAAUUUUAAAAAAGGCUUUGAUGAGACCACAAAACAAGGUCAAUUUAACAGGCUUGAAAAUUUGAAUCGCCUGCAAACAGUGCUGUACGGAAACGCAGAGAGGAGCGUCCGACAGCUAAUGAUGGAUCCAAAUAAUAUGGACCAAAUAAUUGAUAGACUAGAAGAUAAUUUCGGAAGACCCGAACUAGUCUAUAAAGAAUUACUAGCCGAACUCACCAAUAUCAAAAGGGAGAGUCGGAAUUUGAUUACCGAGAUAUCCGAAGCACUGGAUAAUCUCGUCUGUAAUGUUUCUCUUAUGGAUAGAGAAGAAUUCCUGAUUGACCACCGAUUGGUGGAAGAGAUCAUAAGGAAAAUGCCCUACGGUCUACAGGUGAAGUGGACCGAAGAGAUGUACGACGGGGCAAAGACUUUGGCUGAUCUCAAUGAGUGGCUGAAGCCUCAUUCGAGAACCAAUAGACUGCUGAAUGGAACCAGCAGGCCGCAGCCGCGAGAAAUAAAUAGACCGCAGCCGCGAGAACUAAGGCCUGAGCGUAGAGUCAAUAUAAAUACGCAUCAGGAGAACCGACCAACAAACCAACAAAAAUGUGAAGCAUGUCGAGGAAGUCACAAACUCCUCGAAUGCACCAGAUUCAAGGCUAUGAAGCCUGAAAAAAGAAAUGAAUUAGCCUUUAAGGCAAAGGUAUGCUUGAGCUGUCUUGCAUUUACAAACCAUAUGAUGCGAGACUGCAAAAGAGCAAAACAAUGUGGAAUUAAUGGAUGUAAGUUCAAACAUCAUCCAUUGAUUCAUAAAUCUCAAGAGAGAAAUACAAGUGGUCAAAAUGAAUCGGAAGGACGAAGUAGUCCAAAUACACGAGAGGGUGAGAUACACAAUCACCAACAAAUAACAAAAUCCAACGUAUUCUACCAAAUAGUUCCUGUGACGCUGAAAAAUAAUGACAAAAUCAUCAACACGUUUGCCUUCUUGGAUGCGGGGUCAUCACUCUCUCUUAUAGACGAGGAGAUUGCGAACAAGUUAGGGCUCAACGGAAGAAUUGAUCCGUUGAUGCUAAAGUGGACGCAGAACGUCACGAGAAACGAACAAAACAGCCGUAGAGUUCAGGUACGAAUCAACGGCAACAAUGAAAAAGAAUACGUCAUGAAAGGAGUGAGAACGAUAAAGAAUCUCCAACUCCCAGAGCAAAGCUUCAACAAGGAGGUGAUGGAGAAAAGGUAUCCAUACCUCAAGAAUCUGCCGUUGAGCAGUUACAGCAGUAUACGCCCGACAAUAUUGAUUGGACUGAGUCACAGUCAUUUGUUAAUUCCAUUCGAAAGGCGAAUGAGAAAACCGAACGAGCCCACAGCGCUACGAACCAAACUUGGAUGGUUCAUGUUCGGCAACAUAUCGUCCAACGUGCAAGGCGGACACAUCAUGGUCAUACAGCAAGAAGAAGACAUGAACAAGGCUUUGCAGAAAUAUUUCUCCACCGAAGACUUCGGUGUGAAAUUGGAUGGUAGAUACGAAGUUGAACUGCUAUGGAAAGAUGAGGAAACGAAAUUUCCAAAUAGCUACAACAAUGCAGCAAAAAGGCUGACAACAAGUGAGAGAAUGUUAAAGAAAGACCCAGAGUUGAAAAAAUGGGCAAUAGAAACAUUUGCGGAUUACGAGAAGAAAGGCUACAUCCGCAAACUGUCAGAGGAAGAAAUUAUGAAGCCGGUAUCAAGAGUGUAUUAUCUUCCACACUUUAUUGUGCACAACAAAAAUAAGUUGCCACCUAAGCCAAGGUUGGUUUUCGAUGCGGCGGCAAAGAUACAAGGUGUAUCAUUCAACACGGAACUGUUAUCGGGGCCGGAUGCUACUACGUCAUUGUUCGGCGUUUUAGUAAGAUUCCGAGAAGGAGCAAUUGCUGUAUGUGGAGACAUCAAAGAGAUGUUCCAUCAAGUACGAAUCCGAGCUGAAGAUCAACACGCUCAGAGAUUCUUAUGGAGAGAUUGUGAUAGCAGUAAGAAACCUGCUGUAUACGUAAUGCAGGUGAUGACAUUCGGAUCAACCUGUUCACCGUCAUGUGCACAAGCGGUUAAAAACCACAACGCAGAAAAAUUCAGGAAAUAUUGUCCAGUGGCGACUGAAGCAAUCAUAAAGCAACACUACGUCGACGAUUAUCUGGAUAGUUUUGAAGAGCUCGAUAAGGCAGCAGAGAUAGUACUACAUGUUAUGAAAAUUCACGAUCACGCGGGUUUCCACAUCAGAAACUUUGUGUCAAACAGCAGAGAACUUCUUCAAAGUUUACCCUCGGAACGUGUACAAAUUUCCGGAAUCAAAAUGUUCGAAGAAAAAGAUUCAAUGACAGAAAAGGUACUUGGUGUAUAUUGGAACACCACGUCUGACACACUCGGCUAUCAAAUCAAAUUAGACAAGCUAGGAAGUGAUGUUACACAAAUGCUACGUUUACCAACAAAGAGAGAGGUACUAGCUUUCGUGAUGAGUGUCUACGAUCCACUUGGACUCAUCUCAAAUAUAACUGUGCAUGGAAGAAUCCUCAUGCAAAGGCUGCACAUAGAAAAUAUAGAUUCUGAUGACGAAAUUCCCGAGAAGUUGCAGUCAGACUGGCAACACUGGUUAGAAAUUAUUAAAUCUGCUGAGAGCGUAACGAUACCAAGAUACAUCCUCGAAGAAAGAACAGGUGAAGUAGAACUACAUACCUUUGUAGAUGCUUCUGAGAAAGCAUUUUGUGCAUGUGUGUACGUAAGAAGUAUAUCUGGAAACACACCACACGUAAGACUUCUAUCAGCAAAGUCUAGAGUAGCACCAGUCAAACCAUUGAGCAUACCACGCCUAGAGCUACAAGCAGCCGUGUUAGGAAGCCGAUUAACCAAAACGAUAAUAGAAGAAACAAGACUAAAGAUUGUUAGCAAAACAUUUUGGAGUGAUUCACAGACCGUAUUGUCAUGGAUCAAGAGUCCAAAACGAAGAAGCGUAUUUGUGAUGCAUCGAGUAGGUGAAAUCCUGGAAGAUAACAGGAAAAAUGAAUGGCGAUGGGUGCCAACAGAUGAAAAUCCAGCCGAUGAAGGCACAAAGGAAAAGCUAGGAAAAUCACAAUGGUUUGAAGGACCUGAUUUCCUAAAGCUCUCAGAAUCGUCAUGGCCUUCCACUGAAGAGAAGGAAAAAGACGAAGAGUUGAGAGAAACAGUGCUAGUUCACGAAGAACUAAGCAAACUUAGUUUCAUCGAUAAGUACAAGGAGUACUCAGAUUGGUGGAAGUUGGUGAAGAACCUUUGUGUAUUAAACAGGACAAAGGAAAGAUUACGUCGUGGAUAUAUUCCAGACAUUGAGUACAAAGUCUACCAAAGAGCUGAGAACGUGCUCUAUAGAAAGAUGCAAUGGGAAGCGUUUCCAACAGAGAUGGAAACUUUAUUCAAUGGCGGAACAAUAGCGUCAGGACCAUUGGUCAGUUACGCACCCUUCCUAGACGAGGCAGGGGUAAUGAGAAGUGGUGGACGUUUGAAGAAAGCCAUGUCAGUACACAUGGACUACAAGAACGCCAAUAUUGCUCCCACAAAAGCAUCCAUAUACGUAUUUGAUCGUGAAAGCAACACACGAAAGAUAUUUCCACCACGGCGAAAACACCGUCAUAGCAGCAUUACGGCAGAAGUAUUGGAUACUGCAUAUAAGAACAAUAUUAGCAAACGUCAAGAAGAAUUGCAAUAG